GCCACUGUAACUGCACCCCAGUCACCACAGCAAGUCCUAGACCCAAGAGCAGGUCAGACAGACAGACAGCACAAUGGCACUGAACACCCAGAUCCGGGCUGCCUGCCUCCUGCUCCUCCUCCUCACCAGCCUGGCCACUGCCUCCAGCCUCCAGCAACAGACAGGGCAACUCACGAGGCAGCCCGCAGAGAGCCACCCCCAGUACACAGCUGUGACCGAAGCCCACUUGACGCCCGUGAGCCAGAGGCUAAGGAGGCGAGACACCCACUUUCCCAUCUGCAUUUUCUGCUGCAAUUGCUGUACAAAUUCCGGGUGUGGAAUUUGCUGCAGGACCUAGAGUCUUCCUGUCCUGAGCCCCUGGGCCUCCCUCCCUCCCUUAUUUAUUCCUGUUGCCCUCCAACCAUCGUCUUGGAAUAAAAUGCCUGGUUCUUUUAUUUUUCAAACUGGAGUGU